AUGCCAGAAAAUACCCUCCGUAUAGGCAUCCUCGGAGCGAACUCUGAACCCAUCCAAACCAUCUACCUCCCCAUCCUCAAGUCACUCAAAGACCACUACCAGCUCAUCCUCCUCCACGACCCGUCCUCCUCCCCAUCAUCCCCAACAACCACCACCAAAACAACCCAAUCCACAACCGACCUCCUCACAAACCCCUCCAUCAAUCUCCUCCUCAACUUCCUCCCCCUUUCCUCCCGAGAAUCAUACACCAUCGCCGCUCUCGAAGCAGGCAAAAACGUCCUCGUCCAGCCCCCUCUCAGCCCCAGCAUCCAGGGCGCAAAACGCAUCCUCGACGCUGAAAAGACCCGCGCGAAGGAUGGCGCUCGCGUCUUCGUCUCCUGCGUCCGGAGACACGCGACGUGCUUUGAGACUUUCCAGCGCGAAGUCGCGAGCUUGGAUCGGAUUUACUACGCAAGAUGUCGCAAUAUCGCCGGACCAGGGAUGUUGGGGUUGAAAGACUUUCCUCCGGUCAAGUCUGCAACUAAUGGGGGCCAUAUACUUAAUGGAAACGGAGGUGGUAGGAGUUGUCGUAGUGAUGGUGUAGAGGAUACCACGCCCAACGACCUCCUCCAUGAAGUCUUCGACGAGCGCGAUCUCACCCAAGCUCGACUAUCACUUUACAACUUCCUUUAUUCGCUCGGAUGCCACGAUCUAGCACUUCUGCGGGAGACGAUGGGUAUCCCCGACGCCAUCUCCAGCAUCUCCAUCAACGAUCCCUUUUACUCCGCCAUCUUCCAUUACAAUGAUAGUCGCGCGAACGGAAACGAAGACACCCACCGACCCUUUACUCUCGUCUAUGAAACUGGUGCGGAUGCCAUCCCCCGCUGCGAUGCCCAUCUCGCCGUGUACGGUCAGUCCAAGACGGUGACGAUCCAGUAUGACCUCCCCUAUGCGCCGAACCAGCCCGUGCGGGUGAUUGUCGAGGAGAGGGAUGGGGAAAAUGGGCAGGUGAUGAGGAGGGAGAGUGAGUGUAGCUGGGAGGAGACGUAUCGGGCGGAGUUGACGGCGUUGCAUGCGUGUCUGGUUGAUGGGGAAUCGGUCAAGAUGACCACGGCUAGUGAUGGAUUGACGGAUUUGAAAUUGUUUCGAAGGAUGUUUGAACAGUAUGGUCGGCAGUGUGGGACAAUUCGGACCCCUCUUGGCUAA